AUGCUUUGGUUCGGGGACAAGAGCACCACUUCGAAGAAGGAAGUUCGCCGGGUCUCCACUCAGGUGAAUCGGCUGCUCUCCAACGUGGCUUAUGAAUACCCUGGCCCGCAGUGCAGAGAGAAUGUUUAUGCCUAUGUGCACCCGAACCCGCCCUACAACAAGAAUGACCGUGAGGGCCCUCAGUUUCGGUGGUGGAGUGCUUGGUUGGCAGGUGGUGGCUUCAUUCAUCGACAGUUGGAUCAGCUUGGUUCACAAUCCCUGCAGCAGACCGUUUACAGUGAUGGCGAGGAGAAGAUGGUGCUAGAUGUCAUGGUUUUGGCCCUGGUCCUAGUCCUUGCUCCUCCCAGCGGCUGA